GGAGAAAAGAUACAGAACAACAACAACCGCUUCAAUAACAAGUGCAUUGUGGGAUAUGUUUAUCGAUCUCCACGUUUACUUGUACAAUGCUAAUAAGGUUGGAACCAGUUCAGCAUUUAAAUGUUGGGAGACCAUCCUAGUACUGACUGAUCAACUUUCAUCAAUGUUAUCAUAACUUAUGGGAGAGUUUGGAACAACAAGUGGCAUGGACAAGUGGGUGUGUCCUAAUGACAGAGUUCUUUCACUCAGAGCAAAACUUGGAACUGGGUGGUCUGUCCAUACAGAAAAGUUUACAAAAUUUAACAAAGGAGAACAACUUAGUAUGGAGGAACAAGACCAUAUUAUGAAUGUUAUAUCAAAGUCUGAAUAUAUAGAGCAGGUUGAACAGGAAAGAAUUGGUCGACUGGUUGAUAAAUUAGACAAUAUGAAGAAGAACGCCAUGGGUAAUGGUUCUACUCAAUGUAUUUUAUGUGGUGAUGAGUUUGGCUUACUUGGAGCUUCUCCUACUUUCUGUGAUGACUGUAAAUCAGCUGUUUGUGUAAAGUGUGGCAUAGAUACAUACAACAGUAAUAAACAACCUCUGUGGCUCUGUAAGAUUUGUAGUGAGAACAGAGAGGUAUGGAAAAGAUCUGGAGCAUGGUUUUUUAAGGGUAUACCAAAAUAUAUCCUUCCAGAGAAAAAGACAGGACCCUCUAAAUAUGCAGUUAGUAGAUUGGGACAAGAGACCAGAGGGUCUAUUAAAAGUAGACCUGGAUCAACCAGACAAUACAAUACUUGGAGUACAGGUAGACCAAACCAGGCCAAUAAUGAUGAGAGCAGUGAGCAGGAGUCCACAAGUGAAUCAGAGGAUGAGAUCAGUAUUGGUAAAAAGAAAACAGGAAAGAUGAGGGAUUCAGAGAGUGACAACAUAAGUUUAGCAAGUUCAACAAGUGGGCAGUAUUAUAAUCAUUCCAAAGAAAGCAGACCUAGUAAUGCAAGCAGUACAUAUGGUGGACAAAUGAGUGCAACAGAAAGUAGCCGAGGAGAUGACCCUCAUGAUUCAUCAGAUAAUGAGAGUACCCGAGAUUUUAACAAAAAAAAUUCACAUACAAACCCGCCUCGAGAUUUGCCUUUACCUCUGAAGAAGAAAAAAGAAGAAGAUCGAGACAUUGAUAUGGCAUUUAACAAGUACAGUCAUGAUGAUAUUGACAAUCCACCAUCAUCACCAGAAAGUGAUACUAUUUCCCUUGGUGCUUUAGAAAUAUCCUUGCUGUAUGAUUCUAAUGACAAUGCACUACAUUGUACAGUUGUUCGUGCUAGGGCAUUAAAGGCCAUGGACUCAAACGGACUCUCAGAUCCAUAUGUAAAACUGCAUUUACUGCCUGGUGCAAGUAAGGCAAACAAACUGAGAACCAAAACAAUACACAAGACAUUGAAUCCUGAAUGGAAUGAAACACUGACUUAUUACGGUAUUACUUCAGAUGACAUGAUCAAAAAGACACUUCGGUUAGCAGUUUUAGAUGAAGACGCAUUUGGUUACGACUUCAUUGGAGAGACCAGGAUACCACUAAAGAGAUUGAAGGCUUUACAAACUAAGCAUUUUAAUGUCUAUCUAGAAAAGCAACUUCCAACAGAAAAAGACGAUGAUCUUUUAGCCAACGACAGAGGUAGAAUUCUUUUAGGAUUAAAGUAUGACUCUAGGAAACAUGCUCUCUAUGUUUAUGUUGUUAGAUGUGUGGGACUAGCAGCUUGUGAUGCUAAUGGGUAUUCAGAUCCUUACGUAAAAUUGUAUCUGAAACCAGACAAAGACAAGAAAUCCAAGUUUAAAACUGCUGUAAAAAAGAAAACUUUGAAUCCGGAAUAUAACGAGGAAUUUGUAUAUGAAAUCAAACAUAAUGAGCUCGCUAAAAAGACUUUAGAGAUUACUGUGUGGGACAGAGAUAUUGGAAAAACUAACGACUUCGUAGGUGGUGUUCAACUUGGAAUUAAUUCCAAAGGAGAAAGAUUAAAGCACUGGUUUGAUACAUUAAAGACUACAGAUCAGAAAUUUGAGAGAUGGCAUACAUUAUCUGCUGAACUAAUACCAGAGGUUUAGAAUAAGCAUAUAACGUUUAAUGUUGUCCUGAUGAAUAUUGACAACACUUCCGAGGAUGAAGACGUCCAGGUGCAUUCAAGAAUCAAUAUUGUUCAAGUCUAUAACAAUCCUUACUUAAUGACGUAUAAUGGACAUUGUUAAAUACCAUGAGUGCCAAUGGGAACAUAGAUAUUAUGAUUAAAAACACUUGCAUUAAGUUUUUUAAUGUUAUCAUAAAUGUUUUGAGUGGACAUGUUUUCACAAUUGUUUGUAUCCACACUUUGAAUGGGAUUAUUUAGAGUCUUUAAUUUUGGGGGGUUCUAACCUUGUAUUACUAUUUUUUUUAAUGGUAAGGUCCAAAGUGUCCAAAAUAAAACUUAGUUUUCUCGUUUAAAUUGUUUUACAUUGUCUGAUCGGGGCCUUUUAUAUCUGAACAUGCGGUAUGGGCUUUGCUCAUUGUUGAAGGCCGUACGAUGACCUAUAGUUGUUAAUGUUUGUGUCAUUUUGGUCUUUUGUGGAUAGUUGUUUCAUUGCAAUCAUACCACAUUUUCUUUUUUAUAUUUGUUUGAUUUCUUCAAAAAAUGAAUCAUUGCUAUGUUGAAUCUCAUUGUGCAUUAAUAUUUUUUAUUUGGGGAACUUUUUUCAAAUAAGUCCAUAUUAAGGUUGGAAAGGUUCCAAAUUAAACUGUGUUUGGUUUCAACUAGAAUUAGAUUUUUGGUCAAUCUAAUUAAAAUUCAAAAUAUCAGAACAAGAACAAUUCAAGGAUUUAAUUUUGAAUAAGAAUGAUUUUUGGUGUUUUCAUAUGCUGAAUCUAACCAUGUUGUAAGAUUUUGGAUAUGAGACCAUACUAGGUAAAUUGAAUGUCCCAUGUCAAACUUUUAAGAUCUUUGACCGCAUUUAGUUUGUGUCCUAACCUAUAUCAUAUAAAAAAAUUGAUCACAUUCCAAAGUAAGACAGUAUCAAACUUGAUUAUUUUAUAAAACUGUCGAGGGUUCGACCUCUGCGGUCAUAUCAGGCUUCACUCGGUUACACGUAUAUAUGGCAAAUUGAAAGAAAAUACAGUUAAUGCAUAGAAGUGAAAUAGAUAAAGAAUUUCUUAUUAAAAAGCCUGAAAAUCUUGUUGAUUGAUAUUGUAUCUGUAAAAUUUUUAGAUGAUUGAUGGCGACAUGAAUAUUCAAAUAAAUUUAGUAACACAAGGAACCUAUAAAUGUUGGAAAAAUUCUUCGACAUGACAUUUAGAAAAUUUGAUCUGGUGAUUCAAUCACCAGUAUUUGUUAAUGUAUUGUUCUAUGUUUUAUUGUGUUAUGUUAUGUUAUGUUUUGUUAUGUUAUGAUAUAUUAUAUUAUAUUAUAUUAUAUUUUAUUUGAUCAUGUUUAUAUACAAAGAUAUAUUAUAUUUCAUAGUGUAUUCCAAAAGAAUAAUUACAUAAAUUUGAGAAAUGUUUCCUUUGUGAUGUGCCACUUUGUAGUUUGUGCGGUUGCAAUGUUGAACCAUGGAAGUAUUGUAUUGAAAGGAACGAAACAACAACCACACUAACUAAGUACGUUUCAACUGCGACACUUCUUGCAAUUAAUUUACAGCUUAAUUUACUUCAAAUGGUAUGUUAUUUAAAAGUACGCCAGAAUGUGGCGAGUUCUUAAAAUUGAAACUACUUAUAACAGUGCAGGCAGGAUUCUACUUCGCCAGUAAAAAAUAUUUUAAAUACCCAUAACGCCACCUAAUUUUGAAAAUCCUAAAAAUGGCUGUCUGCAGGGAUGAGGCGCUGUCAAUUUAGCUUUUGUAAACCGAUAAGUUUAUCCGCAUAAUAUCACACGUUUGAGCUUUCUAAAAUUCUGUGAACUGCUUCACUCGAUCCUAAUUUAAGGUAAUAUGGCAUGUGGUUGUAAUACGACCGCAAAAGAAAUUGAAAAAAAAUGGUCGUGUAUUGGUAUCACGUCGUCGUCGUCCGAAGACGAUUUUUUUUCGAAUAAUAACUUUAGUAUAAGUAAAUAGAAAUCAAUAAAAUUUUAAAACAAUAUUAAUAACCACUAAAGAAAGGUUGGGAUUGAUUUUUAGGCUUUUGGUCCCAAAAGUUUAGAAAUUAGGGGCCAAAAAGGGGCACAAAUAAGCAUAUUUCUUGGUUUUUUUUGCACAAUAACCUUUAGUAUAAGUAAAUAGAAAUCUAUGAAAUUCAAACACAAGGUUUUUGACCUCAAAGAUAAGGUUGGGAUUGAUUCUGAAAGUUUUGGUCCCAACAGUUAGAAUUAAGGACUAAAAGGGUCCAAAAUUAAACUUUGUUUGAUUUCAUAAUAAAAUUGAAUUAUUGGGGUUCUUUGAUAUGCCGAAUCUAACCAUGUAUUUAGAUUCUUAAUUUAAGAUCCCGUUUUAAAAUUGAUUUACGUUAAGGUCCAAAGUGUACAAAAUUAAACUUGGUUUGAUUUUAACAAAAAUCAAAUUCUUGGGGUUCUUUGAUAUGCUGAAUUUACCCAUGUACUUAGAUAUUUAAUGUUUGGGCCCCUUUAUCAAAUUAGUCCACAUUGAGUUCUAAAGAGUCCAAAUUUGAACUUUACUUGAUUUCAUCAAAAAUUGAAUUCUUGGGGUUCUUUGAUUUGCUGAAUCUAACCAUGCAUUUAGAAUUUGGAUAUUUGUUUUUUUUAAAUUCUCAGAUCACAUUCAUUAAAAAAGUUAAUUAUUAACCGGUAGGGGACUAAACAUGUAUUGCCAUGCAAUACUCUCAGAAUCCUGGUCUAUUCAGUAACAAAUAUUUCCGUAUUCCAUUACUGUAUACUUUAAAGUAUAAUUAUGUACAUUAACCUGUGUACAUAAUUUUAUUUGGCGGAAUGUUGUCCAAGGUUAUACAUGUAGUUGUCUUUCUGAUAAUGUUUAACAUAUCAGCCCUUAUUUUAUUGACUUUGUGUUUACAUUGUGCCAUAGAUCAUUUUUUCUCGUUCAGUGUAUGUUCACUUGUUUGUGUUAAUAUGUCUUUUGAUCAAGUUAAGCCAUUUCAGUAGAUAUUUUAUAUGGGUCUUUCUAUAUUCAGGUAAGGGUGAAGGUUGCUAGUAAUUAAAACGUUUAAACUCGCUGCAUUUGUUUGCACCUGUCCUUAGUCAGGAACCUGAUGUUCAGUAGUUUUUGUUUGUUAAUAUGGUUCAUACUUGUUUCUCGUUUCUCGUUUUUUAUAUGGCCUGACUAGGUCGUUAGUUUUGCUGUUUAAAUGGUUUUACACUUUUUGUACCCUUAUAGCUUGCUAUUCGUUGUACAACAAGGAUCCGUAUUAUAGACCGGUCUUUCUUUGACCAUAAAGAUGGUAUACUUUUACAAAUUGUGACUUGUAUUGAUAGUCGUCUCAUUUGCACUUAUACCAAAUUUUCUUAUAUCUAAUAAAACACGUUUUUAUAAUUGAUA